AGAGAAGCAACCUGGCCGGGGUGCGCCACAUCCUGCUGGUGCUCUCCGGGAAGGGGGGCGUGGGGAAGAGCACCAUCUCCACCGAGCUGGCUCUGUCGCUGCGACACUCCGGGAAGAAGGUGGGGAUCCUGGACGUGGACCUGUGUGGCCCCAGCAUACCCCGCAUGUUCAGGGUGCAGGACAACGACGUGCACCAGUGCGACAGCGGCUGGGUCCCCGUCUUUGUGGACCAAGACAAGAGCAUCUCGCUCAUGUCUAUUGGCUUCCUGCUGGAGAAGCCGGAUGAUGCUGUGGUGUGGAGAGGACCCAAGAAAAAUGCUUUGAUCAAACAAUUUGUCACUGAUGUGGCCUGGGGGGACCUGGACUUCCUGAUCGUGGACACACCACCGGGCACGUCUGAUGAGCACAUCUCCACAGUGGAGGCCUUGCGGCCCUACAAGCCGCUUGGAGCAAUCCUGGUCACAACACCUCAGGCCAUGUCUGUGGGAGACGUGAGGCGAGAGCUGACCUUCUGUAAGAAGACAGGCCUACGAGUUCUUGGCAUCGUGGAGAACAUGAGCGGCUUUGUCUGCCCGCACUGCUCGGAGUGCACAAACAUCUUUUCCAAAGGGGGAGGCGAGGAGCUGGCCAAGCACGCCGGGGUCCCCUUCCUAGGCUGUGUUCCCCUGGACCCCCAGCUCAGCCAGAGCUUGGAGGAAGGCAGAGACUUCAUCCAAGAGUUUCCCAAGAGCUCUGCCUUCCCUGCCUUGACUCGCAUCGCCCAGCAGAUCUUGGAUGGUACGUCGCAGCGGAGCUCCUGAGGAGGACGUGGAGCUGGACUCCUGCCGGCAGAGCCUUUUCCCUGGCAGCACCACCGUGCCAGUGGGGAAGGGGGAUGCAAAACCAGUUUAGCUACAAAACUGUCUCAGUGGGGGA